CCUUCCGAUAAUGAGAUGACCAGGCAGAACACAAUACUCCAAGUAUUGAUUGGCAUUGAGAAUAAUUCCAUGGAUGUCAGUCAUUCUGCAGUAAUUCGUCCAAGUGGCCAUUCAUCAUGUGUAAACCUGGAUGGCUUACAGGGACACAGGCUUGGAAAACACCAGGACGAAACAAGAGGGCCACAUUACAACAUGGAAGCUGGAGCAGAAGGAGAAAAUGAAAAAAUUCUGCACCAUGGAGAAAUCAGAGAUUUACAGGGAUUAUCAACUGCAGCAAUGAUUAGCGAUGAACCUCAGCCAGUGACACCAGGGAAAAUGAGUCUGCGUCCAGGAAAGGAAGUAUUUUAUUCCCAGACUAAGGAGUCGGUCCACUCAUCAAUCAGCCCAGGAGCCAACAGCAAUCACGGCUUGGAUAGAGGCAGAGAUGAUGUGUCCAUAUCAAAGGAUGACUCAACUCACACAAUAUCAAAAAGCAAGUCAGAGUCCAAAUUAUACAAUGGAUUGGAAAAGGAUCUUGUCUCACCUGGAAGCAAACUCACAAAGAAAGAGUCUCUUAAGGUUCAAAAGAAAAAUUACAGAGAAGAAAAGAAAAGAGCCACCAAGGAACUGCUCAGCAGCAUUACUGAUCCAUCUGUUAUAGUCAUGGCUGAUUGGCUGAAGAUUCGUGGAACGUUGAAGAGUUGGACAAAACUGUGGUGCGUCCUGAAGCCUGGUGUUUUACUGAUCUACAAAACUCCAAAGAACGGCCAGUGGGUGGGAACAGUGCUUUUGAAUGCCUGUGAACUCAUUGAAAGGCCAUCAAAGAAGGAUGGUUUCUGUUUUAAAGUCUUCCAUCCCUUGGAACAGUCCAUUUGGGCUGUGAAGGGUCCAAAAGGUGAAGCUGUUGGAUCUAUAACUCAGCCGUUGCCCAGUAGUUACCUGAUAUUUCGAGCUGCUUCAGAAUCUGAUGGAAGAUGUUGGAUGGAUGCUUUGGAACUUGCUCUGAAGUGUUCUAGUCUCCUAAAGCGAACUACAAUUAGAGAAGGCAAAGAAUAUGAUCUAAACUCCUCAGAGGGCUGUCACGUUGCCCUCUUUGGGCUGCUGCGAGCAAAUCCUCUGCAAAGCCCCGAACACGACCAGUUAAAUGAAAGUGAGAUUGAACAGCAGCACUUCAGAGAUCAUGACCUGUACUCGGAUAAAUCCGACAGAGAGAAUGAGCCAGACCACGAGGAAUCUGACAAUGAUCCACUGGAGAAAAGUGGUAAAAGUGAGGAAAGUGACUCUGACAUCUCAGAGAAACAGGAUGUUCUGCAUACUGACCUUGAGCCAAUAGAUAUCGUAAAGGAAACCACUUACGUGGAAGAAGCUCAUGAAGAAUUGGGAGAGAUGGGUGAUGAGUCUCAGACAGAAAUUGUAUCCGAAGAGAACAAAAGUCUGAUUUGGACUCUACUGAAACAAGUUCGGCCAGGAAUGGAUCUCUCAAAAGUUGUACUGCCGACAUUUAUCUUGGAGCCUCGUUCUUUCUUAGACAAGCUAUCAGAUUAUUACUAUCAUGCGGAUUUUCUGUCGGACGCAGCCACUGAGGAAAACCCUUACCAACGUUUGAAGAAAGUUGUGAGGUGGUACUUGUCCGGCUUCUACAAAAAACCAAAGGGCCUGAAGAAACCAUACAAUCCAAUUAUUGGUGAAACAUUCCGGUGUAUGUGGAUUCAUCCAAAAGGCAACAGCAGGACAUUUUACAUCGCCGAACAGGUAUCUCACCAUCCACCUGUGUCUGCCUUUUAUGUAAGUAAUAGAAAGGAUGGAUUCUGCAUCUGUGGUAGCAUCUUGGCCAAAUCAAAGUUUUACGGAAAUUCAUUAUCAGCAAUAUUAGAUGGUGAAGCAAGGCUUUCUUUCCUUAGCCGAGGAGAAGAUUACAUAAUGAAUAUGCCUUAUGCUCACUGCAAAGGGAUUGUUUAUGGUCCAAUGACUCUUGAACUUGGAGGUCUUGUUAACAUCAUGUGUGAGAAGACAGGAUACAGUGCAAUAAUUGAAUUCAAAUUGAAGCCAUUCUUAGGCAACAGCAACAAUGUUAACCAGGUAGUUGGAAAAAUCAAGCUGGGAUCAGAAGUUUUAGCCAAUCUGGAAGGACAUUGGGAUGGUGAGGUGAUAAUCAAUGACAAAAAGACAGGUGUAUCAGAAGUAUUCUGGAACCCCACGUCUGAAAUCCGGCAACAGAGGCUAACCAGAUGCACUGUGCUGUUUGAUGAACAAGAGAAGAUGGAAUCAGAAAAACUCUGGCAGCAUGUAACACGGGCGAUACACAACAAAGACCAGCAUGAGGCCACCAGGGAGAAGUUCGUACUGGAAGAAGCUCAGCGCCAAGCUGCCAAACAGCGGAAAGCCAAGGAGGAAGAGUGGAUCCCCCGCUUGUUUGAACAUGAUCAGGUCACAGGGGAGUGGCAGUACAAAUAUGCAGACACCAGGCCGUGGGAUCCACUGAAUGACCUCAUCCAGUAUGAAAAAGGUGGUGUCAUUCAGUCAAAAGUGUGGCACCGCACUCCAAUGGUACGUUCUGCCAGUAUAAUUAGUCUCAGUAACCAAGGGGGAAGGAAAGAAAGUUACAAGCGGCAGGUCUCUGCACCAAAGCGAAGCCGGAGCAAACACAGUGGACAACAGAGUCCUGAGAGUGGCUGCUCCAGCCCAGAACUGGAUCAGCAGGACUCCUCGGAGAGUGAAAAACAAAAGACGGGGAAACACAGUGCAAGGCUGAGGAAGAAAGUGAAUGAUCUCAGCGAACUACUUGGUGCCAUAGAUUCAAUAAAGAACACCCAGGAGGAGAUCAAUAGAAGUUUGGCAGCUCUGCGGAAUCGGACAUUCACAAACCAGCCCAGUGCAAAUGGCCACUUUUUGCAGCAGAGGGACUAUGCCAUCAUUUUUUUCCUUAUCCUGCUUCAGAUCACGAUUAAUUACAUUUUCAAUUAACCAUGACCUGACCAAAUGAAGCCAUAAACAGAAGAGGCAAGGAGCAACGUUUUCUUCACCAUGGAUGAAUCUCUGAGUAUAGGCACUAGGCACAGUGUUGGACCAGGUUCGAUAACAAAGUGCUUUCAAGAUUUUGAUUAUACAUAAUAUUCAUAUAUGUAUUGACUUGUAUUGCAAUGAGCCACAAUCCUUUAAAGACACUCGAUGUGUGUUGAUGCUCCAGACUUAAAUCAGUUUUUACAACUCCUUUAGGAAGGCCAGUUUCAGCAGAAGCCAUAUAUUAAAUGAUGAGCAAGUAUUAGAAUGCCAGUAACAGUGCAAGUCCUCGCCUGUUAUAUCGGUAUGCACUUAUAGCCACUUCUGAAAGCUGUUUCUAGUAUUUCCCCUGAGUAACCAGUGCUUUGUCUAUGAAUGGUGCUGUCCUUUAAAGAGAGCCAUGUGAGCUUAACAUUCAUGUUCAAUUCAGAUUAACGUACUUUCGUCAGCAUCCUAUGUACAUUUAAAAAGUAUUCUGGAGGGCAGGAUGUUGGAGUGAUAGAGAGCAGUGCCUUGUGCGUGAAUUCACACCAGUGUUCAGGAUAUGUCAGGGCUGUGCCAUAGUGGGGAGAAAAAAAAGCCUUAUGACAUUCCAGAGUUGGUCUUUAAGCUUAUGUUAACGUCUCAAGUUGUCAUGACCUAACACUGCCAUUAAUAUCUAUGUGGUAGCUUGUAAACUCAGACUUUAUUCUGACAUUUGAUGUAAAAAUGGUCCAAACUUGUUUAUUUUAUACUUUGAAUCAGUUAUUCCAAUUGUUUUUCUGUCGGUAACCUCCAUCCUUCCCAACUCAUUGCAAAUCUUAGCACUGGACAGUAGUUUUGAUUUCUGAGCAUACAGUUCAAAAGUGACUUGUGCACAUCUUGUACGUUUAAAUUAGAAUCUUAGCAAAUGUUAUUGUCGCAGGAACCUAUAAUGACUGUUAGAAAAAAAGCAGAUUACACUUCAAACAACAGUGUUGUGUAUUCCUUUUACAUAUUGGAAGUCAAACAUUAUUAUUGAUGGGAUCAUGUAAAUGUUUUAUCAAUGUACCUCAGUAUUUAUUCACAAAACAAUCUUUUGUUUGCUAAGAUUUAUCAAAGGUCUUUGUUUCCAUAUAUUCUACAUUUUCUCAUGAUGUUGACUUAACUAAUAAAUACUUAAACAGGUGGUCAGGGGACCACAAGCACUUACACUUACGUCCGCCUGUCAGGUUUUCUUUAUUUUGGGGAAUGAUUUUUAUCAACAUGGUAAUGGUAGCAAACUAGCAACAAGGUAUGGACUGUUGGGAUUCACUCAAUAACCACUUGUUAAAGCACAGGCACUUGUAAUAUGGUAUUUAUGAUCGCUAAUUUAAUAAAGAUUUGUGAUCCCUA